GCUCGGGCUCGCGGCCACCCCCUCCCCCCCAACACCUCUUGUCGAUUCUCGUCGCUGAUCUUGGGACCAGUACCACCACCAUGAUCUCUCUGAACAAGUACGCCCUCGCCUUCGGCCUCGGUAUCACCAGCCUUCUCGGCCUCGGCCUCUGGUUUGAUCACUACCGCCGCAACAACAAGGAGUUCCGCAAGAACCUUCGCCGCAUCGAGUACCGCGAGGCCAAGAUCCAGGAGAAGCGCGCCAGUGCUGAGAUCUACAAGCACGUCGCCAAGGAGAUCCCCACCGACCAGGCUGAGCGUCGUGAGUUCAUGCUCGAGCAGGUCAACCUUGGUGAUAAGUUCCUCAACGAGGGCCCCAGCGGCUAUUCCAUUGCCGCGGCUCACUUCUACAACGCCCUGCGCUCCAACGACCAGCCCGACCAGAUGCUCUCCUACAUGCAGCAGAUCGUCCCCCCUGAGUGCAUGCAGAUGAUCAUCAAGCUUGUUCAGAUGGACUUCGCUCGCAAGAACUAAGGGCCACGGCGCCGAGUGUGUUGCGUACGAGUAUGUGCCUAUGUGUACGCCCCCUCACGUACGCACGCGCACACACGCACAUGCGUGUAUGUGCUUGCCUUUCCCGUGUGAGAAUGCCCCCCUCCCCCCCCUCUCGCACCCUGUCCCCCUGCUCCACCCCCCUCCCUUCUCCCUUGCCUCGGCCUCCGUCUUAGAGAGCGCGCUCUACCUGCGGCUGGGCGGCGCCUGUUGAAGCACGCGCCUGGCCGCGGCUGCCCGCUCAUCCGCCCGCCCGCAUCGAGCGCAGAGCAGACCCCUGUCCUUCAUACCGCCUUCCCAAUAAGAAAAAUCCAUAUUCAAACAUAUCCCAACUGUGCGCUGCCCG